AUUGGAGGCGUCGCUUGUCUGAGUAUCAACAACUCGAAUUUAAUUGAUAAAAGCAAUUGCAGGGCGCAAGACGAACGGGAAUUUGAGUUAAAAUUAGUGCAACUAUGGAGUCCCGAUUGCCCAAGCCGUCGUCGGCCCUGAAAAGACCCCAGAUGCCGGUGAAAACCAUACUGCCCACAGAUCGCAUUCGCGCAGGAGGCACUGCAUCAGGAUUGGGAGCAGCUAGUAGCACCAGCGCCUUCAAUGUCAACCAGACGUACUGCGGAAACCUGCUGCCUCCACUGUCCCGGGACCUCAACAAUCUUCCCCAGGUGCUGGAGCGCCGAGGAGGUGAGUAAAUGAUAAGGUUUCCUUUAAGGAUUCCCUUCUAAUCCUUUGUUUCCCCAACAGCACGUGCCGCCUCGCCGGAACCCAUGAAGCUGGGCAAUCGGGCCAAGCUAAGACGCAGUCGCAGCGCCUGCGACAUCAACGAAAUGCGCGGAAACAAACGCACCGCUGCUGCUCCCAGUUUGCCCAGCAUUCCCAGCAAAGUGUCCCGCCUGGGAAGCACUUUGACUGCCCCUGGUCAGCGUCCUGGGCGUCCGGCGGUCACAGCAGCAGGCAGUGCCUCCUUAGCUGCCAAGAAACCCACAGUAUCUCGCCCUGCUCCCCGAGCUGCGGCGCCUGCGGCCACCAAAAAGCCCACAGGAGGUGGGGCAUCCACCGCAGGAUCUGCCACUGCAGCUCCAGCCAAGCGGAUUGCUCCCUACGACUUCAAGGCGCGCUUCCAUGACCUACUCGAGAAGCACAAGGUGCUGAAGACCAAGUACGAGAAGCAGAUAGAGGACAUGGGCGAACUGGAGUCCAUGCCCAUGCAGCUGGAGGAGGCGCAGAGCAAGCUCUUCGCGACGGAGAGCUCGCUGAAGAACACGCAGACGGACAACGAGUGUCUGCAGCGGCAGGUGAAGCAGCACGCGAAGAACAUAGAGACGAUCACCUCGUCGCUGGGCAGGACCAAGGAGGAGCUCUCCGAGCUGCAGGCCAUACAUGAGAAAGUGAGAACGGAGCACGCUGCCCUGAGCACGGAGGUGGUGCAUCUGCGCCAGCGCACCGAGGAACUGCUGCGCAGCAACGAACAGCAGGCCGCCGAGCUGGAGACUUGCAAGGAGCAGCUCUUCCAGUCGAACAUGGAGCGCAAGGAGCUGCACAACACGGUGAUGGAUCUGCGCGGCAACAUCCGCGUCUUCUGUCGAAUACGACCUCCUUUGGAGUGCGAAGAGAAUCGCAUGUGCUGCACGUGGACAUAUCACGAUGAGGCCACCGUGGAGCUGCAGAGCAUCGAUGCGCAGGCCAAGAGCAAGAUGGGCCAGCAGAUCUUCUCCUUCGAUCAGGUCUUCCAUCCGCUCUCCUCGCAGUCCGACAUCUUCGAGAUGGUCUCGCCGCUCAUCCAAUCGGCGCUGGAUGGCUACAACAUCUGCAUCUUUGCCUACGGACAGACGGGCAGUGGCAAGACCUACACGAUGGACGGCGUGGCCGAGAGUGUGGGCGUCAUUCCGCGCACCGUGGACCUCCUGUUCGACUCCAUUCGGGGCUAUCGCAAUCUGGGCUGGGAGUACGAGAUCAAGGCCACCUUCCUGGAGAUCUACAACGAGGUGCUGUACGAUCUGCUGAGCAACGAGCAGAAGGACAUGGAGAUACGGAUGGCCAAGAACAACAAGAACGAUAUCUACGUGUCGAAUAUCACAGAGGAGACGGUAAUGGAUCCCAAUCAUCUGCGGCAACUGAUGCACACGGCCAAGAUGAACAGAGCCACCGCUUCGACGGCCGGCAACGAGCGCUCCUCGCGCUCGCAUGCCGUCACCAAGCUGGAGCUGAUCGGACGCCAUGCCGAGAAGCAGGAGAUAUCGGUGGGCUCCAUAAACCUCGUGGAUUUGGCCGGAUCUGAGUCCCCGAAGACGAGUACCCGCAUGACCGAGACAAAGAACAUCAAUCGCUCGCUGUCGGAGCUUACGAACGUAAUCCUCGCGCUGCUGCAGAAGCAGGAUUACAUUCCGUACCGCAACUCCAAGCUGACCCACCUCCUGAUGCCCUCGCUGGGCGGCAACUCAAAGACCCUUAUGUUCAUCAAUGUUUCGCCCUUCCAGGAUUGUUUCCAAGAGUCCGUGAAGUCGCUGCGCUUUGCCGCCUCCGUGAACUCGUGCAAAAUGACCAAGGCCAAGAGGAAUCGCUACCUGAACAGCUCUGUGGCGGCCAACAGCAGCACGCAGAGCAACAGCAGCGGAAGUUUCGAUAAAUAAAUUUAAGAAUUCUACAAUUUUCUAACCUGUUAUUGCUUAUAAUUUAUGUGUGUUUACUUUUAGUGCAAAAACAAAACUAAUAAAGUGCUGGAAUUCAA